CCAUGUCUUCAAUGUUAGCGGUGUAUUUUCUCAUCAUUCUGCUCUUACCAUCGAUGCUGACUGAAGAACUGGUCAAAAUGCCGAUCUCUAUGAAGACCCUGGCCCGCAAGAACAUCACUAUGGAGAUGGAGUCCAAUGACACCAUCGAGAAUAUGAAGGCCCAGAUCCAGGAUAAAGAGGGCAUCCCCCCUGAGCAGCAGAGGCUCAUCUUUGCCGGCAAGCAGCUGGAAGAUGGCCGCACCCUCUCUGAUUACAACAUCCAGAAAGAGUCAACCCUGCACCUGGUCCUCCGCCUGAGGGGUGGCUAUUAAUUCUUCAGUCUGCAUUCCCGGCGGGCACUGAUGGCAAUACUCUGCACUCUAGCCAUUUUCCCCAAUUUAAGUUUAGAAAUUACAAGUUCCAGUACUAGCUGAACCUCUGUUAAAAAUGUUAAUAAAAGUUUUGUUGCAUGAUAAAAAAAAUAAAAACAAAAUGUUAAUGCACAGUAAAAAAAA